AUGUUCUUCAACCAACAGCGGCCCAUGCCCUCUUCGGCCGAGAAGAUCGCCGCUGCCGAAGCUGAGAUUGAGAUGGUUUCGAACAUGUUCAACCAACUCGUCGACACCUGCUUCAAGAAGUGCAUUCCCCCGCAAUACCGCGAGGCCGAAUUGAACAAAGGCGAAUCCGUCUGCCUGGAUCGCUGCGUGUCGAAAUUCUUCGAGGUCAACGUCAAGGUCUCGGAGAAGAUGCAGAGCGGUGCGCAGGAGAAGGCGGCGAUGAUGGGUUGA